AUGGAUACCACAACUGCAAACACCACUGCAACUACCACUCCUAUCACCACUGCUACCACAACAGACACCACAACUGAAAAAACCACUGAAACUACCAUUCCUACCACCACAGCUACCACAACGGAUACCACAACUAAAAACACCACUGCAACUACCAUUCCGACCACCACAGCUACCACAAAGGAUACCACAACUGAAAACACCGCUGCCACUACCACCCCUACCACCACAGCUACCACAACGAAUACUACAACUGAAAACACCACUGCAACUACCAUUCCUACCACCACAGCUACCACAAUGGAUACCACAACUGAAAACACCACUGCAACUACCAAUCCUACCACCACAGCUACCACAACAUAUACCACAACUGCAAACACCACUGCACCUACCACUCCUACCACCAGAGCUACCACAACAAAUACUACAACUGCAAACACCACUGCAACUACCACUCCUACCACCACAGCUACCACAAUGGAUACCACAACUGCAAACACCAAUGCAACUAACACUCCUACCACCACAACUACCACAACGGAUACCACAACUGCAAACACCACUGCAACUACCACUCCUACCACCACAGCGUCCCCAACGGAUACCACAACUGCAAACACCAAUGCAACUACCACUCCUACCACCACAGCUACCACAACGGAUACCACAGCUGCAAACGCCAAUACAACUACCACUCCUACCACCACAGCUACCACAACAGAUACCACAACUGCAAACACCACUGCAACUACCACUCCUACCACAACAGCUACCAAAAUGGAUACCACAACUGAAAACACCACUGCAACUACCACUCCUACCACCAGAGCUACCAAAAUGGAUACCACAACUGAAAACACCACUGCAACUACCACUCCUACCACCACAGCUACCACAACGGAUACCACAACUGCAAACACCACUGCAACUACCACUCCUACCACCACAGCUACCACAAUGGAUACCACAACUGCAAACACCACUGCAACUACUACUCUUACCAUCACAGCUAGCACAACGGAUACCACAACUGCAAACACGACUGCAACUACCACUCCUACCAUGACAGCUACCACAACAGGUACCAUAACUGCAAACACCACUGCAACUACCACUCCUACCACCACAGCUACUACAACGGAUACCACAACUGCAAACACCGCUGCAACUACCACUCCUACCACCACAGCUAUCAAAAUGGAUACCACAACUGAAAACACCACUGCAACUACCAUUCAUACCACCACAGCUACCACAACAGAUACCACAACUGCAAAAACCACUGCAACUACCACUCCUACCACCAUAGCUACCACAAUAGAUACCACAACUGCAAUCACGAAUGCAACUACCACUCCUACCACCACAGCUACCACUACGGAUCCCACAACUGCAAACACCACUGCAAUUACCAGAACAGCUAUCACAAUGGAUACCACAACUGAAAACACCACUGCAACUACCACUCCUACCACCACAGCUACCACUACUGAUACCACAACUACAAACACCACUGUAACUACCACAACAGCUACCACAAUGGAUACCACAACUGAAAACACCACUGCAACUACCACUCCUACCACCACAGCUACCACUACGGAUACCACAACUGAAAACACCACUGCAACUACCACUCCUACCACCACGCUACCACAACGGAUCUUCCACAACAGCAAACAUCACGGCAACUACACUCCUACCACCCCAGCUACCACUACGGAUACCACAAACUGA